GUGCUCGAAAUUACAUUCCCAAGUAAGAAUCGCUUCCACGUCACUCUGGCCUCUCUCUGUUUUUAUGGCUUUCCCACGAAAAUACCAACGCUCAUUUACUCCCUUAAAAUAGAUUCUCCGUCCCUCUAUUAAUUCAUCCUUUCUUUCUCUCAUUAAAAGAUCGCCUGGGAAAUCCUUUUUUCGCAACCCACAAAAAAAAACAGGGAAAAUGCCGGAAAAUCCGGCCAUGACCUUCGAUGAGGUCUCCAUGGAGAGAAGCAAGAGCUUCAUUAAUGCCUUGCAGGAACUGAAGAACUUGAGGCCUCAGCUUUACUCUGCUGCAGAGUAUUGUGAAAAGUCUUAUCUUCAUAGUGAGCAGAAACAGAUGGUACUGGAUAACCUGAAAGAUUAUGCAGUAAGAGCUCUCGUUAAUGCUGUUGAUCAUCUUGGCACUGUUGCUUAUAAAUUAAAUGACUUGUUUGAGCAAGAAGUAUCAGAUGUCUCUACUGUGGGGCUAAAGAUUUCAUGUCUCAAUCAGCAACUUCUUACUUGCCAAACUUACAUGGAUAAAGAAGGUCUCAGGCAGCAGAAACUGGUGACAAUCAUCCCAAGGCACCACAAGCAUUACAUUUUACCAAAUUCUGUCAACAAAAAGGUGCAGUUUAAUCCGCAGCCACUGACUGACUUCAGGCAAAAGCACAUACAAGCAAAACUACGCCCUCAUUCUUCAGAAACUCCUACAUCAAAAACCCUUUCCUGGCAUUUAGCCUCAGAAACAAAGUCUACCUCGAAUGGCACCCUGCAGGCAUCUCAAGGCAAGGGAGACCAUGGAGCUUCUGGACCAACUUCUGAAGUCUUCCAUCUGCUGGAAUCUGGUGAGGCUAUUUCAUCCACACCUGCAUUAAAUCAUCGUCAUCCAGCUAGUGGAGGUCCUGCGUCCAGUGCAAUUCUGCGUACAAUGGGCGCCACACGGAUGGUAAUGUCAACUAAAACGACUCAGGACUCAUCAGAGGGCACCAAGGCAUUGCUGGCCUUCAGAUCCUUUGACACUCCUGGUCGGCGUGAGGUCUCCCGUCCGCCUGUUCGCAGCAAGAGCAUGUUGUCGGCUUUCUUUGCCAAAAACAAAUCAGCAAAGCUGAAGAGCUCUAUCUCAUGAUCAGUUCCUUUUUGAAGCAAGUGAAAUGCUUGCCGAUAGAAUUUAUUUGCCUGGGUAAUCUUUUCUUAAUAUCGGCCUUGUAUUCUCUAAUUGUACGGGCUUACAUUGUCCAUUCCUUUUCCAAUCUCUGUAUUCCUGCUAACCGUUUUAGAAGCUCUCUCUCUCUCUCUCUCUCUCUCUAAUUGUAUUAUUUAGUUACCAUGUAGUGUAAAUUUUCUUCAUUCUAAUGGAGAUUUGGGUUGCCAUUGGAGGUA